GAUAUUACGCGUGCUUAGCUCUUAACACGCAUUGACUGUGACUAUCACAUGUAUGGAUUUUAUAAAAACUUCUUUUUUUUUUCAUCGCUCAGCGCAAAGUUGACAAGUGUAUUCAAAAAAUCUGGUUGCCGAUGCAGUCAGUAGUAUAUAGACCUUAAACAUGGCGAUAAGUGUGUGUGUUUCAAGAUGUCAAAUAUUAUUUAAAAUAAAUACAAAUGCACGGUCUUGUGGACUAACAAAAUUGAAUAGUGGACAAUUAUAUUUGACAUCGUUAAAUCGGAUACACAAUGGUAGAAGCUUUAGUACAUCGAAACGAAUUGAGGGCAGCUCAAGUGACGAAGAGGGAGAUGAAAAGCGCUCGAGUACCAGUGAUUCGUCUUCACACAGCAGUGACGAAAAGUCGAAAGAAGAAAAAGAAGUAACGGUUAAGUACAUUAGAGGAUUACCGCAUGUGACAGUGCCAUUGCCAAGUCGAAAUGAAAAAUGUCAAUUUGCACUACGACCGGUAUCCCACAAUGUUGGUGACUUUCUGCAAAUGCUGCUGGCCGAAGACAAAGGUAUCGAUCGUGCUGCUGUUAUGAAUGAAGAUGGCAUUCGUAUUGCUGCUGCUUGUUCAAUCGAGAGCCUGUUGAAUGAUGGUUUUUGGUUACACGUAAAUGAUAAACGUUAUCAUGUUCAACCUCCACCGCGAUCUCAGACGUCAUUGGAAGAGAUGGGGCAGUUAAAUGAUGUGCGAUUGCUUGUGGCACAGCUUUACGAAACGCUUCAUGUAGGUGAACAUCAAAUAAAAAAAGAACGUGAUAUGUAUACUCGCUUAGAGGAGAUUAAUACAGAAUUGCUACCCCUAGAACAGUUAAAAGAAGAAAUUACGGUGACUGCUGAUAAAAAAACAUCCUACCUAACAUGGGUUGGUUUGGGUUUGAUGUCUGUGCAAUUUGGUGUUCUGGCCCGGUUGACAUGGUGGGAAUACUCAUGGGAUAUCAUGGAGCCAGUCACUUAUUUCGUUACUUAUGGAACUGCAAUGGCUGCCUACGCUUAUUAUUGUUUAACCAAACAGGAAUAUAAUUUGCCCGAAGUAAAAGAUAGACAAUUUUUAAUUGCUGUACAUAAAAAAGCGAAAAAGAAAGGGUUCGAUGUGAAUCGAUACAAUGCAUUGAAGGAUGAAGCUCAUAAAAUCGAAAAAGAUUUGCAGCGAAUUCGUGAUCCACUUUAUUUGCGACAUUCACCAUCAUCCAGUUAUCGACUGAAUCCGUCGUCAACAACAAAGGAUCAACUAUUUCAAAUGGCAUUAGCAACAAAUCCAACAGACAACACUGCGAAGAAGCCAUUAUCCGAAAGACUGGCCAGUAUCCUUGAGUCAACGGCGAAAAAACUUAAAAAAUAGACACACACACACACACACACACACCAACUCCAUACCAUACUCGGUUAAUACACACAACACCACCAUUACCAAUCAGAAGAUGAAACAAAUUUUCGUUCUUCAAAACUAAAAAAAAAAAAGAGAAAAAAAUCUAAGCCAUUUCAUCCGAUUUUCAUCUUUAGUGGGAAAGGACACAUUGACGUUAGUAUGGACAAUGCUCUCGAAACCAUUUUUUAUUAUUGUCAAAUUGAUUUAUUCAGAUCCUAUGCAGCAACCAAAAAAUAGAAAACAAAUAAGUCAUUGUUGUAAAUGGACAUUUAGGCUGGUUAUACAAACACACACACACACACACACUAGGUUUUCCAAUUGUUUAAAAUGUGUGAGGAAAUUCAUUUAACGUUCAUAAUUUGAUAAAUUGGUGUAAUAUGAAAUUAGAAUGUUUAUUUUGUAAUAGAAAUAAAUCUGAAUCCGGCGGAAAUUAUUCGAUGGGAAAAACAGAAAACGAGCAUAUUUCGAAUAUACACACAUAAAUUUUCCACCAUUUAAUCAGAUGACAACUCAAAAACACCAGUGGUCAUAACUUGUUGAACUACAUUGAAAACUACUGAGAAUCAUGACAAAAACAAAAAAAAACCAAUAUGAAUACUUAGAUGAAAAGCAAAAAUAUUUAAAAUGUGACAGAAAGAAAAACAAAACAAUUGAAAAAAAACAAUGCUUACCUAAAAUAUGCUGUUAAAUUUUAGUACUUUAGUACUCGUAAAUAUAUCUAUCGGAUUGUUUAUUGCGAAUAAACACUAAACGCCAAUGAUGCUGGAACCAUACAAUUCUCUUCUGAAAUGGCAAAUCGCAUUUUUGUGCUUAUUUUAUUUUUUUAUUGUUUUGAUUUUGCCCAUUGCGAUUAGUUAGGAACAUUUUGUUCGAACGAAGGGGAGAACAAAAGAAAAAUGUAGAAAUUGUGUGUUUUUUGUUAGUUCUUUUUUUUUCAUCAGCCUCAACCAAUGAGCUACGUAUUCUGAUCAUAAUUCCGUUUCAAUAAAGUGAUUCAUUGUUUUAUUUUUUUAAAA